AUGGCGCCGCCGCACCAGCGGGCGAGGCAACAAUUGCCCUCCCCGCCGGCAUCCUUUGCAACCCGCAAGCACAGGAUCCUGGAGCAGCUUAGCGUACCCGACGCAGAGUACACCGACGCCUCGCCCAAGGGGUCCGUGGACGUCGGCAUCCGCGAGCUCAUCAACGAGCUCAACGCCCUUGACGGCUUCGUCACGACGAGCAGCUGCGCAGGGCGGGUGAGCGUCUUCCUAGAAGGCCGCAGGGCGCCGGCCUCUGCUCCCGCUGGGCCGGCCACCCACGCCGAGACUCGUUCUGAGCCUGCAGCCCAGACAGGGGACGGCGAUGAUGACGAAGACGUCGACAGCAUCAUCAACAGCGGCAGCGCCGCCACGACGAUAGCUGGCCCCGGGGGUAAGGGAGGCGGCGGCACGUGGUUGUUCGUAUCGCACGACCCCGUCCCCGAAUCGCACGAUGGGGAUGACGGGAUGUUGCGUCGUCUGGGUCUCGUGGACGAGAAGGAGGUAGCCAGCCACCGCUUCGCCGGAGAGUCGGGCAGCGCUCAGCCUGGGCGACGGAGGAAACGACUCAUUCACUUCAAGUUCGAGCCCAUGAUUCUCCAUGUUCUGACGGCUUCCCUGGCCCACGCCCAGCUCCUGCUCAAGUGCGCGUUCGCGGCCGGUUUUCGGGAGAGCGGCGCCCUGAACCUGCUCCCCGCCGUCGCCCCUAUCACACCGCAAGACGGCUCCUCAUUGUCGUCCUCGCCGCCAGUGACGCCCAUGGUGGGGGUCAGGACGAUGGGCCUGGCGCUCGAGUCCCUGGUCGGCUACGUCGACGAUGACGACAGCGACGAGGCCCGACACUGCACCGUCUCGGUGAGCUACCUGCGAGACCUAAUGCAGAUCGCCAACGAGCGCUUCGCGGAGAACGCGGCGAGGAUCGAGAGGUUCCGGGCCGCGCUGCACGCGGCCCUAGCGGGGCCUCCGCCCAAGCUGGGCGAGGGGGGCGCCGAAUGGGAGGACGCUGCUGCCAGGCGGGAGCGCAAGAAGGCCGAAGGCCUGCGUCGCAAGGAGGAGGUGUUGGCUGCUAGACAGAAGACGCAGCCUCAGCCUCCAGCUGAGGGUCGGGAAACUCUCACAGAAGACCCGGCUGGGCUACCUGAAUACGAACUCCAUGGGCUGUGA